CCUCCAUUGCUAACUUCACGUCUCAUCAUUUGCGGCAAAUAUUUCGCGUUGUUUAGAUAUUUUUAGAGGAAAGUGUAAUAUUUUCUUUAUUUUAAUAAAAUUCACAUAAAUAUUAAUUAAAAAUGGCUGAUGUUCUCGAUAUUGAUAAUGCGGAAGAGUUCGAAGUUGAUGAGGAUGGCGAUCAGGGCAUUGUACGCCUAAAGGAGAAAGUCAAGCACCGCAAGGGUCGUGGAUUUGGCAGCGAGAGUAAUUCCCGCGAGCCCAUACAAAGUUAUGAACGUGUACGCCACGAAGACGAAGAUGAACUUGAGCCGGGUCCACAACGUUCCGUUGAAGGUUGGAUUUUGUUUGUAACCUCAAUACAUGAGGAGGCGCAAGAAGAUGAUAUACAAGAGAAGUUUUGUGAAUUUGGUGACAUUAAAAAUAUACACUUGAAUUUGGAUCGACGUACCGGUUUCUCUAAAGGCUAUGCGCUAGUCGAAUACGAGACCCAUAAGCAAGCGUUGGCGGCAAAAGAAGCAUUGCAUGGUACAGAAAUUAUGGGUCAAGUUAUACAGGUAGAUUGGUGUUUUGUGAAAGGACCCAAACGCAUGAAAAAAUCAGAGAAACGAAGGAGAUAAAUGCUGAACAGAUACUGAUAUUUAUGCGAUACUUUGACAGACAUAGUAUCGUUUUUAGAGGAGACGAUGAAGGAAAAUUACUUUUUUAAGAUGAUUGAAUAUGAAAAGAAAAUGUAAUAAAUCUAUUUAAAAUGAUUUCCAUGUAUUUAGGUAUUUAAAAACUAAAUAAAUAAACCUCAUAAAAAUAAA